CUCGAGCUCCCCCGUUUGUUGUUGAUUACCUUUUGACCUUCCCGCUCGACAAGUCACCUUCUUCUCAAUCUUGACUACCUACUACUCCUCUGAUCAGUAUCCAUACACUACUCUCACCUUGAUCUCCAUCAGGAAAUCCCCGGUAGCUCAGGAGACAUUCAAACUCGCCCCCUUUGACACGGACAAUCUUAAACUCACAUCCCCGACCUUCCGGUCGCUCUCUCAUUGGACCUUGGCCCAGCACACACCGGUGGACUGAGUCUGUCAGAUCCAUCCCACCCGCACGCAUCCAGCCUUCGGGACCUGUGGCCCUUUCCGAACGUCCCGCGCCCUCAAAUACCACACGGCAGCAGUCACACUGGAGUAGCCAAGUUCUGCAGUCUCCUCAUACCUCUCUCUCACUAAUCGCCGUCUCCAUCGUCGGCUGUUUAUUCCGUCAUCAGUCAGUCACACAAGGGAAGAAGAGAAAGAAAGAAAGAAUAAAAUAUGGGUAUCGGUGCCGUGGCAGAGCCCUUGGUGGUCAUCACCCUCUUGUUUGGAGGAACGUGGUUCAACCGCAACAUUGGCGACACCAACGUCUACGACAACCUAGGAUGGAAGGGAGCCGGCCUCGACGAUGCCGAGCACAAGCGAUCUGACGAGCGCCGUUCCGGCAACUCGACCCCGGACUCUGAAGAGUCUCUCCUCCAAGGCGCCUGGAGCUCAUCAUCAACGUUGACGCCGCAAGAAGAACCGCCGCGACGCUCUCGCAGGAUCAAGUUCUUUGGAUACCAGCGCAUCGUCUCGUCACCAAACACCAGAGUAUAUAAGGACAGACUCCUCAGCAGAGUCCUCCGCAAGUUCCCCUUCUUGGUUGAGGCAUGGUACUGGGCUCUGAUUUACUGGGUAUACCAAGUCGGCCGCGCCUUCACGGCGCUCACCCUCAACGAGGGAACCGUCGAUGUGGCGCGCAAGCAUGCGCUCCAGCUCAUUCACCUGGAGCAGCGCCUCCACGUCUUCAUCGAGGUGCCGGUCCAGCAGUACUUUUUGCAGCUGCCCACCGUGAUGCACUGGAUCAACCGCAUCUACUCCUUCAUCCACAUCCCGGGCACCAUCCUCUUCCUCGUCAUCCUGUACUUCAUCACCACCACCCGCAAGCGCCGCGCCGUCUCCGCGAAGCUCGGCGGCACCGAGAACAUCCGCUGGAACUCUGCCGGUCCCGCCCUGUACGAGGCCCGCCGCCGCACCAUGGCCACCUGCAACCUGCUCGCCUUUGUCGUUUUCACCCUCUGGCCCUGCAUGCCUCCUCGUCUCCUGAGCGAUCCCAACUACAACGGCCCCGAUGCCGGCGAGUCCAAGAGCUUUGGCUUCGUGGAUACCGUGCACAGCUCUACCGGCGAGAGCAGUGUGUGGACGACGAACAAGUUUUGCAACCAGUAUGCUGCGAUGCCAUCCCUGCACUUCGGCUACUCCCUCCUCAUCGGCCUCACCGUCGCCACCCUGCCCCUCCCCUCGAUCCGCUCGCGCCCUUGGAAGCGCUUCGCCAUCGUCGCCGUCGGCAUGGCCUACCCGGCCUUGAUCCUGACCGCCAUCGUCGCGACCGCCAACCACUUUGUCCUCGACGCCGUCGCGGGCGCCAUCGUCUGCGGUCUGGCCUGGAACUGCAACGGCGUCCUGCUCAACCUGCUCGUUGUCGAGGAUUACUUCCUCCGCAUGCUGCGCAUCCACAAGCCGGUCAACUGGACCGAUCCCGAAGCGACUGUUGAUACCAACGAGUGGAAGCCCAGCACGGUUCUUGAUGAGAUGUAAAAAAAAAA